UCACCAACGACGACCACGACGAGUUCACCGAUGGAUAGCUACGAAGUCAAAGACUUCCAAGCGGGCGAGCACCCCCAGUCUUUGACUACGAAACCAAGGUCGCAAUCUCGCAUUCGCACACUCUUCAAGCUGACUGCAUUUGUCGGGCUCCUGUAUCUCCUCUACCCUUCUUUUCGCUCUCUCGCACCCAAGCAUCUUUUCUCUGGACAUGGGUGCCACCGCGGUAUCUCGUCUCUGAACCCGAGUGGCCUUCCGACGCACUACACGUUGCCCUCUGGUGACAAGAUUCCCUCCGUCCAGCUUGGUGUCUGGAAGUCUGCUCCGAAUGAGGUCGGAACCGCUAUCAAGGCUGCCCUCGAAAGUGGAUAUGAGGGUAUCGAUGAUGCAUGGAUCUACCGAAACGAGAACGAAGUCGGCGAUGCGCUCAAGGAGAAUGAAGUCGCUCGUUCCGAUAUCUGGAUUACUUCCAAGCUCUGGAAUGCUUUUCAUGCACCGGAAGACGUCGAAUCUGCUGUAGACCUUACUCUUGCAGCUCUUCAGACCGAUUAUGUCGACCUUUACUUGAUGCACUGGCCAGUCGCGUUCAAGAAGGACCAGACGGGCCCUGAUGGCAAGCCUGUCAUCGACUAUGAGCUUACGGCAGACCCCUAUCCGACUUGGAAGGCCAUGGAAGCUCUGGUGGAUAAAGGCAAGGCUAAAAACAUUGGUGUCAGCAAUUUCAACAUGCAUCGCUUGGAAAACCUCACUGCGAAUCCGCUUAAGUACCAACCUGCUGUCAAUCAAGUCGAAAUAAACUUUUGGAACCCGCAACCCGACCUCCUGAAGUGGUCCCAGGAACGCAAUCUCCUCCUCGAAGCCUACUCUCCUCUUGGCAGUGAUCAGCAAGUUAAGCAAUCCUUGUCCGUUCCCGAAGUCAAGAAGGCUGCAGAAGAAUUGGGCUUGACCCCGGCUCAGAUCAUCAUUUCGUGGAUCGUUCAGCGCGGAAUUGUCGUCCUUCCUAAGAGUGUUCAUGCCAACCGCGUCGCUGAGAACAUUGGAGUCAAGAAACUCCCGCAAGAGACGUUUGACGCUAUCGAGGCCGCCGCGGCUGCUCACGAACCUCUGCGCGUUGUUAACCCAUCCAAGGGAUGGGGAUUGAAGUUCGACGUCUUCGACGAGACUGUAUGAAGGUAGCGUGUUGAAGAUGAAACGAGAGACCAAACCAGAAGGAAUGACAGUAUGCCGUGGUCUUUGUGUAUCAGAAACGGUCAAAUUUCCUUGUAUCGAGACGAAGUCAAAUCUAACUACAAGAAACCCUAUUCGUUGGGCAUUCAAAUGGCUGAACUUCAGCAUCACCGAGGCUGGACAUGACACCAUUGGAGCGAGCAGGGCUAUCGACAAUGUCGAUUUUCUCGAGGGCGAUGAUCAACGUUGUACAGGGUGCGGGCUAUACUGGAAGUAUCUACACUGAUCGCUACAAGUGCUCUGUAGUUCGCUGAUUCGGAGAUUCCGAGACUGGGAGGAGCGCUAAUGUCGUCGACAGACAUCAUAAACAAAGCUUACUUCGCCGUAUACUAAGCUUGUAUACCCCUUCCACCGCUACAAACUUAAGAUUGGGCAUAACGACUCUUAUAAAGGUGGACUCAGAUACCACUUGAUACA